GAUAAGCUUAAGAAUUUUAACUAAAUUGAACUUUGAAAAUUCUAACUUCUCCGACAGUUACAGGCUGAAUAGGAUACCGAAGAUAACCUUCAAAUAUUAUUAUAUUAGAUGCUCCAUAAACUGCUCAUAUUUGCUAAGCCAUAUUGUUCUGGUUACAGCUCAAUCAAAGCUCUCAAACCUUUAUUUGCGCUCGACGUCCAACGGAACUACUUUUUCAAUUCAAAAUACUCCUCAAAAACUUGUACAGAAAUGGCCACAAAAACUGCUUUAUUCAUUGUAGCAGAAGGCAGCGAAGAGCUUGAACUGGUGGCACCUGUUGACAUCCUUCGACGUGCUAAUGUGACUGUUACAAUUGCUGAUUUAAAUGAUUGUGUAUAUGUAAAGACUAAAUCGAAUCUACUGAUUAAAACUGAUGCWAAGUUGGGAGAUGUAAAAAAUCACAAAUUUGAUGCUGUUGUUAUACCCGGUGGUCCAUCGUACAAAGUUUUAGCUUCAGUAAGAAAUCUGGUGACCAGUCGUGGACCUGCUACAGCUAUUGAGUUUGGAUUAAGUCUAGUAGAAGUAUUGCUCGGUAAUGAAGAAAAAAUUAAAGUUGCUAAAGGCAUUCUGUACCCUCUUUAA